CCACUGGCUCUCUGAGCGUCAGCCUACCACAGGACACACUCCCAGCCGUAAUCACAAACACAGGCCGAACCGGCAAACUUAUGGAGUACUACUGGUUCAUCCUGCUUUGGAUCUGCAGCCAGCACUUAGGAUUCCAUGACUGUUUCAAUAUCGACACAAAAAGGCACAGGAUCAUCAAGGGUCCGAAACAAGCCCAGUUUGGAUACACUGUUCAGCAACAUGUGGCAGCUGGGGGGGAAAAAUGGUUAUUAGUGGGGGCUCCAUAUGAAAUGAAUGGCCCAUACCAGACAGGAGACAUUUAUAAAUGUUCGCUGAGUAAACGAAUCAAUGGAAACGGAUGCUCCAAGCUCAAUUUAGGAAGGAUAUCUCUGACCAACGUAUCAGAGCGAAAGGACAAGAUGCGGCUGGGGAUGACGCUCACAUCCAACCCCAAAGACAACAGUUUUGUGGCCUGUGGGCCUCUGUGGUCCUACGAAUGCGGCAGCUCUUACUACAGUACUGGCAUCUGCUCCAGAGUCAAUGCAAGCUUCAAGUUCUCCAGAACAAUUGCACCUGCUUUUCAAAGAUGUGAGACCUAUAUGGAUAUAGUGAUUGUUCUGGAUGGGUCAAACUCCAUCUACCCUUGGUAUGAAGUGCAAGCAUUUCUCAUCAACAUUCUUCAGAAGUUCUAUAUUGGACCAGGUCAAAUACAGGUUGGAGUUGUUCAGUAUGGUGAAAAAGUGGUCCAUGAGUUUAAGCUUAGUGACUACAAAUCAGUUGAAGAAGUUGUGAAGAGGGCACGUAGCAUCAACCAGCGAGGCGGAGAGGAGACCAACACUGCCCUCGGCAUCAGUACAGCACGCUCACAAGCAUUCAAACAAGGUGGUCGUCGUGGUGCCAAGAAAGUGAUGAUAGUGAUAACGGAUGGGGAAUCACAUGACAGCGCUGAUCUCCAACAAGCCAUCGAGGACAGCGAAGCAGAUGGCAUCACCCGUUACGCUAUUGCUGUCCUCGGCUACUACAACCGUAGAGGAAUCAACCCCGAGGCCUUCCUUAAUGAGAUCAAGUACAUCGCCAGCGACCCUGAUGACAAACACUUCUUUAACGUGACAGAUGAAUCAGCACUGAAGGAUAUUGUAGAUGCACUUGGAGAGCGCAUCUUCAGUUUGGAAGGAACCAGCAAGAACGGGACAGCGUUUGGCCUCCAGAUGUCUCAGGCAGGAUUUUCUGCACACAAUGUGGAGGAUGGGAUUCUGGUGGGAGCUGUUGGAGCUUAUGACUGGAAUGGGGCAGUGCUGAAGGAAACUCGACAGGGAAAAGUUGUCCCCCCAAAGUCAUCUUACAUGCAAGAGUUCCCCGAGGAGCUGAAAAACCACGGUGCUUACCUAGGUUACACCGUGACAUCUGUGGUGUCAGCCAAAAAUGGCCGUCUACUGGUGGCAGGAGCUCCACGUUUUAAUCACACUGGCAAAGUCAUCAUCUUCACUUUGAAGAACUCGGGAAACCUCACCAUCCUUCACUCUCUCAAAGGGCAGCAGAUCGGCUCGUAUUACGGCAGUGAGAUUGCACCAAUGGAUAUCGAUGGAGACGGCAUCACUGACAACCUCCUGGUGGCAGCUCCCAUGUUUUUCAGUGGCGGUUUGGAGAAAGGAAAGGUCUACAUCUACCGGGUGACAGAGCUGAAUCGAUUUUUCCCUGAAGGAGCAUUAGAGAUCCACAAUGGGGGCCAAAAUGCUCGCUUUGGCUCAUCCCUCGCUCCCGUUCCUGAUCUGAACGGUGAUGGUUUCAAUGACUUGGUGGUCGGAGCUCCACUGGAAGAUGACCACAAAGGAGCCAUAUAUGUCUUCUUUAGUCAGCAGAACAGAAUACUACGCAAAUACAAACAGAGGAUAGCAGCUGCUGACCUGGCCCCUGGCCUGCAGUACUUUGGCCGCAGUGUCCAUGGCAUUAUGGACAUGAAUGAUGAUGGUUUAGUGGACCUGGCAGUAGGAUCUCUGGGUGCUGCUGUUCUCCUCUGGUCGCAGAGCGUGGUCCGGAUAUACACCACCAUCCGGUUUGAACCCAACAAGAUUAACAUCUUUGUGAAGGACUGUCAGCGAGGUGGCAAAGACGUAACCUGUAUGUCAGCCAUUGUAUGUUUCAACAUCACUGCAAGGACAGCCAUUCCUCCCACACAGGAAAUUGGGAUCAGAUUUAAUGUCUCGAUUGCGGAGCGACGUUUCAAUCCACGAGCUGUACUGGACAAUCCGAACAAAGCACAGCCUCAAAACCUGACACUCCUGCCUGGGGAAGAGAAAUGCCAACACUUCUACUUCCAUGUUAUGGAGACCACAGACUAUGCAAGGCCCAUCGUAUUUGCUGCACAAGUGACGCUGCAGGAUCCAGACCACGGACCGGUUCUAGAUGAAAGCUGGCCUACAGUGGUGCGGACUGAGCUGCCCUUCUGGAAUGGCUGUGAUGAAGAUGACCGCUGCAUGCCCGACCUCGCACUGCAGAGUAUGACUGACCUGAAGACUCCAAAUCAGUUUUGUGCACAGCCUGUACAGUCUCAUGGCGCUUUCUGCCGUCACGGAAGUGAAGGCGGCUCGGACGGAUCGCUGAGGGUUUUGGAGGCAAACAGGAGAAGAAUGGUGGUGGAUGUCCAGUUGGAAAACAAAGGAGAGAAUGCUUACAAUGCCCGACUCAACAUCACCUACACACCCAAUCUACGCUUUUCAAGCCUCAUUGUGAAGGACAACUCUGACAUCAAAAUAGAGUGUUACACUGAGGACAAACUACGGAAUGAGAGGAUCUGCAAUGUCAGCGCUCCUUUUAUGAGGGCCAAAACUCAGGUAACAUUUCGUCUGGAGCUUGAGCUCAGCCAUUCUGUCUUCCUAGGGCACCUAAGGGUCAUCCUGGAGGCCAGCAGUGAUGGGGAGGAACUGAGCACUGCUGAUAAUUUCAAUGAUAUCUAUUAUUCAUUACAAUACGAAGCAGAUCUUCUCUUUACCAGGAAUUCCAACCCAACUCGAUAUGAGAUCAAAUCCGACCUGUCACUGGAGGAGCCUGGAAUUAUCGGGCCGCCUUUCAACUUCACUUUCCAGAUCCAGAACCUCGGCUACUUUCCAGUAAAGGAUCUACAGCUCAGCAUUGAGAUCCCAGAAAUGACAAAAAAUGGAAACCAACUCCUGCAGAUAUCUAAUUUCUAUAUUGACCAGAGAGACGGUACACACUGUUUACCACCUCAGCACGUGGCCCAGAGCAGGGCAUCCCCUGAAGACCUGUCCCGCUUUUCCCGAUUGAACCGUUCCAACACCCUAACUCUACCCAUUCAGUGCACAGUCAAUGUGGCGUCCUACAGAGACAUUGCCGUCAGACUCACAGGAGCUCUUCGAAUAGAUUCCCUCCAUGCACUGAAGUUUAAAAUCCUGGAGCUGGUGAGCAGUGCGUCAGUGGAGCUCCCCUCCUCCAGCCCCAUGUUUCUACAUGAAGAAAGGCCUGUCAGACAUAUAAUAGUGGAGAUCAGAAAGGAGGGAGAUUACCGAAUCCCUACUUGGAUUAUUGUGGGGAGUACGCUGGGGGGGCUCCUGUUGUUAGCGCUACUCAGCCUUGCUCUUUGGAAGCUCGGCUUCUUCCGGAGGCAGAAGAGGAGAGAUGAAGACGAGCACGAGGCCAACGGUAAAGUGGCCGAAGAACGGUAACGUAGGCUGAGGGCCCCCAUCAGACACCUUUUCCACAGGGGACCCGACACUCAGGGACCAACUCACCCAUCUGUCUGCCCGACACCCCCCGCCCCCCACCCAUGUCCCCAUCCAUCCCAGCAGCACAGUGGCACAGCAUAGGCCGCUCCGCAUGACCGCUGAGGCAAAGCUUUUUCACUGGAUCCGUCCCACACCACGACCCCUGACCCCCCCAAGACUCAGCACUGUCACAUUCACUUCGCAUUCCUGCACUGUUACGACAUUAGGGCCUUCUUUGUCCAUGUAUUCCACUGCCCUUCAUGUCGUCCUUACAUCACCACGCUCUCAGCGUCUUUGCUUCAGGCUGGAGCUCCGGUGCUUAUUCUGGUGGUCCAGAUUUGUUUCCAGUUGAUCUGCUCCAAGAGUUUCAGCCAUUAGCCGUUCUCUCUUUUGUCUCUUCGUAUUUAUUUAAGUCUUAUCGUACAUUUUGAAAUACAUGAAAAACCUCAAGGGUGACUCGCCACCCACGUGCAAAGUUAUUUUACUGUAUAUUAAAUUCAAUUCAUAUUAAUUUAUAAAGAAACAAAACUGAACAAAAAUCACCAGAGUAUUACGGACAUUCAUGAUGUUUUCGACCUGCAGAGACUUAUCUUGAUCUUCUAAACAUGCAUCCUCUCUUCGGUGUUCACAUCUUGACUUUCCUGAAAAACAAGCAGGAUGAUCUUUAGACAUUUGAUGCACUUUUAUUUUGUACAAAAUUAACUUGAAUUUUGUAAAUAGACAAGUAACUUUUUAUACCCUUUCAAAUAAUAGAAUGUUUUUUAGCAUUUCCACAUGGCUUAUGAUGUUAAGGCAAAUGAGACCAAGUCAGCUUUGGGUUAAGUGAACACAUUACCAGACACUUUCACACCUUUCAUAAUAUGCACUCUAUCAAAAUGAAAUGGUUUGCAUACAAAACUGCAGAAUUUUAGCAAAGUAAUUCUUACAAACUGCAAUUAAAUGACAAUCAAAUGCUGUUAAGAUGAGUCCAGUGAAUGCACAUUGCUUACUUUACAUCAGCACAGUUCUGGUGUUACCAUUGAAUGUCAGUUUUGUCCUGGUUAUGAGGUGUGAAGAGCUGUAACAUGCCUAUAAAUAAAAUUUUG